CCGACGGUGGUGAAAUCUGCUCUUCCUGCUAGAGUUUUCUGCCCCCUGCUGUUUGGAGAAUUCAUCCAAGCCUUAUCUACAGUGACAUCACUGACAGAUCCCCAGAAUGGCAGACCCCUCAGCAGUCAAGAAGAAAAUGGCAAGCUGCAGUGCCUUGAAGUUGUUUAUGGCAUCCCUGACCUUCGCUUACAUUUGUAAAGCCCUCUCGGGCACAGUGAUGAAAAGUUCCAUCACUCAGAUAGAGCGGAGAUUUGACACCACGUCCUCCAUGGUCGGCCUGAUAGACGGAAGCUUUGAAAUCGGCAAUUUGUUGGUGAUUGCAUUUGUAAGCCACUUUGGAGCUAAACUGCACAGGCCAAAGAUCAUUUCCAUUGGAUGCUUCAUCAUGGGUCUUGGAAGUGUUUUAACAGCACUACCUCACUUCUUCAUGGGAUUUUACAAAUAUGGACAGGAAGUAGUACAUUCGGACAAUUCAAGCUUCUCCGCUUGUACAACUGAACUCCCCUCAACCAGCAAUGACACGAUGCCAACACUCCUUCAUUCAGAUUGUCGAAGAGAAUCAGGAUCAAACAUGUGGAUCUACGUCCUGAUGGGAAACAUGAUUCGCGGGAUCGGAGAAACACCCAUCACCCCCCUGGGGAUUUCCUACAUCGAUGAUUUUUCUAAGGAAGAGAAUUCCGCCUUGCACAUCGCAAUCUUACACACGAUGACCAUGAUCGGCCCCAUGGUUGGCUACCUGUUGGGAUCCUUGUGUGCCCGGAUGUACGUGGACAUUGGCUUUGUAGACCUCAAUAAAAUCACCAUCACUCCCAAGGACUCCCGAUGGGUUGGCGCUUGGUGGCUUGGUUUUUUGAUUGCUGGAUUCCUUAGCAUUUUGGCCUCCAUACCCUUCUGUUUCCUUCCCAAGAGUGCACAGAAGAAAGGCAGACAAGAAAGUAAUACAUCAGCCUCGCCCGUUGGGACCGGAUCGAACGGAGGGGAGAAUCAAGCACUUAAUGUCAAAAGCCAGCCACCAGCAAAGGGAAAAGGACAUCUUACAGGCUUUUUCUACUCCCUGAAACUCCUGCUGAGUAACGAGCUGUAUUUAAUAUAUAUGGUUUUAUCACUGCUGCAAUUUAGUGCCUUUGUGGGGUCUGUGACUUAUGUCCCCAAAUACCUCGAACAGCAAUAUGGUCAGUCAAUCUCCAAGUCUAACUUCUUAAUAGGAGUGAUAACGCUGCCCACCGUUUCCUGUGGGAUUUUCACCGGAGGGUUCAUCGUGAAGAAAUACAAAUUGAACCUGGAGGGCAUUGUCAAGCUGGCCUUGCUAGGGCACUGUUUCGCCUUCCUACUCCAAAUACUAUACUUCGCCCUGGGCUGCGAAAAUAAGACGGUGGCAGGGCUGACAGUGCCCUAUGGCAGAAAUGAUUCAGCAGACGCUCCUCAAGACAUCCUGCCCUUCUCCCUCUGCAACAACGAAUGCAACUGUGAUGUGAAUCAGUGGGACCCUGUGUGUGGAAAUAAUGGAAUAACUUACAUGUCUCCUUGUCUGGCUGGAUGCAAAUCGUCAGUGGGUUAUGGAAAGAACAUGGUCUUUCAUAACUGUAGCUGUGUUGCAGGAAUUGGGUUCCAUCCAGCGAAUUUUUCAGCCCACCAGGGUGAAUGUUCAAGGACACAGCAUUGCUCAAGAAAUUUUAUUUAUUACAUGGUGGUGCAAGUCCUGGCUUCCUUUUUUUUUGCACUGGGAAGCACCCCUUCAUUUAUGCUCAUAUUUAGAAACGUUGAGCCCGAACUGAAGUCCCUGGCAGUGGGUGUGCAUUUUUUAAUCCAGCGAUCACUAGGUGGGAUUUUGAGCCCCAUUUAUUUUGGAGCGCUGAUCGAUAAGACUUGUGUGAAGUGGUCCAUCAACAGCUGUGGCGAACGCGGUGCUUGUAGAAUUUACGACAAUGUAUCUUACAAAACAACCUACAUCUCCUUAGUCACGGGUUUGAAAUCACCCACGGCCUUCUUAUAUAUCCUUCUACUUCUUGCUAUGAGGAGAAGAAUGAGAAGAAAAGGUGUAACACCUUCUGAAAACAAGGAAGAGGCGGUGCUUGAACCCAUCCAAGACAACAUCAAGAGCAACCAGCAAUCUUUUACUUAUAAUGAUGCCAACAGCGAAACAGUCAUUUAGGAAAAAUAUGCUACUCUGCUGGCUUUCUCUGGGAUUUGGAAGUCAGGGAUCGAAAUGCCAGCUUUGUGGAUGGCUCCAAUUAGGUUUUAUGCUCUCUUUUUUAAGCACAAACUCAGGGGAACUUGGAAUGUUCUCCAUUUUCCCAAGAGUUCUUUCAGGUGGGAAGAGAUGCUGACUGUGAAACUGGUAAAAUCCCAAAUAAGAGCGGGUGGCCCUGUAUAGUGAAUGAUUGCCAUGACGAGAUGCUGCGAGCUUCAUCACUUAAAAUGACAUGGAAAUAAUCACGACUAAUAAAAAGAGAAAAACAA